CUUUCGUCUUCGGUCUUCUCUUGUCCAUUGACCCGCUCUAUUCUUCUGAAAUCAUCUGGCGGAUCUAAAAGCGAAGAAAAAUGGAGAAAAAGCAGCGAUCGGACAUAUCAUCAGCAGAAGCAGUCUUAUUAGGAGCGUUAGCUCCAGGCGUUAAUGGUCCUACAUGGAAUACGUUAAAAUCAGCGUUUCUGAUGCUGGGUGUAUGCCUUGCUGUUAUGCUUGGCUUGGCCUUCUCUUCAAGUGACUCUUCAUUGAUACUUCAUGUUGGAUUUCUUGUUCUAAUCGCUGCUUUCCUCUUCUUCCUUCUUAGCUGGUUUCUUUCUCAGAUUGGUCUGGUUUCAGUUGAACAUCAAAUGCGAGAAAUGGACUUGGUCCCAAAUGAUCAUAGGGAGUAAGAGAAGAUGGGAUAUUGCUUAAUAUGUUUAUGGAAGCAAAGGUGAAGACAUGAUCAAUGGAGGAAAGAGCAACUUUAUUUCAUGACAAUUAAACUGAAAAGCUGAUUGCAAUAUUGGAUACAUUCAUCCAUAAAGAAAAGAAGAAAUUAAAAGAACAGCAAAGGAACACCAUUGAUCCCAGUCAUCCUUGCAUGAGGAAAUCUUGGCAAGCAUAAUUGCUAAUUUCAGUCACUUUUUCCUUCCUUGUCUUUGUGUUUUCCUUUUUUGGACUUGAUGAAACAGAAACACGAACAACAAGGCAAUUGAAGCAGGAACUUCAUCUCUUUCACUAUGAUUUCAAAUUUUGGGAAAACCUUGUGUAUAUAGAGCUCUUGCCAUGUUUUUUAUUCCUCUUUGGAUGCCAUUCUUAUCUCUAUAUAACAAAAGAUGCCUAACUUCAUUUUCA